GUGAUCGUUUGAAUUGCCGAAAUGGCGGCAGUAACCACCUCGGUCGCCUCCAUGGACAGGUCCUUCUUGGAACAUAACCUAUCGGAUACGAUGUCCUGUCUCCGACAAUGCUCAAACACACAAGAACUGAAGCAAAUCCACGCUCGAAUGCUGAAAACCGGCCUGAUGCAGGACUCAUCAGCAGUGUCAAAGUUUCUUUCUUUCUGCCUUUUCAAGAAUCCUCCAUGCUUUUUACCUUAUGCCCAGAUGGUGUUCGACAGCUUACAUCACCCUGACACGUUCUUGUGGAACCUAAUGAUCAGGGGAUUCUCGUCCUCCAAUGAACCGGAGAGGUCGAUUCUUCUGUAUCGGCAGAUGCUUUGUCGUUCGGCUCCUCUUAACGUGUAUACAUUCCCGUUUCUGCUCAAAGCGUGUUCCAAUGAAUCAGCAUUUGGAGAAACAAAGCAAAUCCAUGCACAAAUCAUAAAGUUUGGAUAUGCAGGAGAUGUCUAUGCCACAAAUUCUAUGAUUAAUGCAUAUGCAGUAACAGGGAACGUCCAAUUUGCUCAUCGACUCUUUGAUCGUUCCCCAUUGCGAGACAUUGUCUCAUGGAACUCGAUGAUAAAGGGAUACGCAAAGGUUGGCAAGAUGGGCAUUGCCUUGAAGUUUUUCCAAAACAUGCCGGAAAAGAAUGUUAUAUCGUGGACGACGCUGAUAUCAGGGUAUGUUCAGGCAGGCAUGAACAAGGAAGCCCUAGACUUAUUCCGCGGUAUGCAGAAUGCAGAUGUUGAACCAGAUCAUGUUUCACUGGCCAAUGUCAUUUCAGCAUGUGCACAGCUUGGGGCAUUGGAGCAAGGGAAAUGGAUCCAUGCUUAUGUCAGUAAAAGAAGCAUCAGACUCGAUUCGGUAUUGGGUUGUGUUCUUAUUGAUAUGUACGCAAAGUGUGGAGAAAUGGAAGAAGCUCUGAGUGUGUUCAGGAAAAUGAAGAAGGACAGUGUACAAGCAUGGACGGCAGUGAUUUCUGGGUUUGCGUGUAAUGGCAAUGGAAGAGCUGCGCUUAGCCAAUUCAUGGAGAUGCAAAAUAUGGGAAUAGAACCAAACGAGAUUACUUUCACGGCUGUUCUCACGGCUUGUAGCUACAAUGGACUGGUUGGAGAAGGAAAGUUACUAUUUCGCAGCAUGGAGAGAAGCUACAACCUGAAACCCACGAUCGAGCAUUACGGCUGCAUGGUUGAUUUGCUCGGCCGAGCUGGACGGAUCGAUGAAGCCAAAGAGCUCAUCGAGAACAUGCCGUUGAAGCCGAACGCUGUCAUCUGGGGCGCACUGCUCAAAGCCUGUCAGAUUCAUAAAAACGUCGAAUUGGGAGAGAGAAUAGGAGAAAUCCUGAUGAGAAUGGAUCCUCACCAUGGUGGAAGGUAUGUUCAUACGGCGAACCUUUACGCCAUGGCCAGAAAAUGGGACAGAGCAGUGGAAACAAGAAGACGGAUGAAAGAUCAAGGAGCUCUGAAAGUUCCAGGACGCAGUACAAUUAGCGUGGAUGGAACCGUCCACGUAUUUUUUGCGGGAGACAGAUCGCAUCCAGAGAUAGAAGGGAUCCAUUCAAAGUGGAAAGCGAUCAGAGCAAAACUUGGAGAAAAGGGUUACAUGGCAGAGGCAGAGGAUAUGCGGAUUGACCUUCUGGAGGAGGAAAGAGAGGUGGAGAUGGCAAUGGAGCAGCACAGCGAGAGGCUGGCUAUUGCGUAUGGGAUGAUGAAGAGUAAAGCAGGCUCCACUCUACGGAUUGUGAAGAAUCUUAGAGUGUGCAAGGACUGCCACACUGUAACAAAACUCAUCUCCAAGAUCUACCAGAGAGACAUCGUCAUGAGAGAUAGGAUUCGUUUCCAUCAUUUCUCGGAUGGGAAAUGCAGUUGUGGGGACUACUGGUAACCAAAUCUGUGAAUUCUAUGAAA